UCGGCAGGACAAUAAACCGAUAGGUCCCUGCAUUGUUUCCAAGCCACGUGGUGGUAACUACACCGCGAGAUGCCAGUGCGUCAGUUGUGGCUGCAUAUCGAUCCCGUAAGUUUCCACUUGGUGGCGACCUCCUCUGCGUGCGCACCCUUUUCGCUUUGGUUAUUUACCAAGCACCCUUAGACCGAGUCAGGAGAACCUUGGAGAACGUGUAAAUGGUGAGAAGGAGAUCGACGGUGGAUAAGUAACGAGGAAGUCAAGUCGGGGUGGACCGAUUCUGAUAAGGUGUACCUUCCAAAACAGGAAGAUUUGAAGAGUUCAAGGAACAAAGAAUAAGAAGAAAGUAGAGAAAGCGAAGAUUGAUACCUAGUAAGAGAGACAGAGAAAAAUAUAGAAAACGAUCUUGGAAACCUAGAGACAAAUGCAUAGGUAAAGAGAUACAGAGCGUUCCGUUUUUCACAUAAGAGAUAAAAAGAAAUUGGAGAAGGUAAAGCAGGUGAAAAAAAAAGACAGUUUGCCAGCUGAACCAAAGGACGAAGAGGAAAAGUAACGUAACUCCAAUGUAUUACGGUCCACCUCGCGUGAACGAAGCCACAGAAAUAUGUCGUUACCACGAGAAUGGAGCCUGCAGGAUUCGGUUGAACGUGACGUUGUCGCCUGUGCGACAGCGUCGCAGGAGAUGGUCGGUACCACUGUCAUCGACGAGAAUAUGAAUCAACAGAAUCAACUAGGCUCCCUUUUGUCGAUACAUUCAGCGCCCGUUUUCGAUCUGAGCACAGGUAUACCCUCGCCGAAAAGACCAGCUUCGUUAGCCGUUCAAGCGACAGCAACAUCGACGCCGAUCGUGCCGCCGCAUCUUCAAAGUCCAGACACAAUCGAGGACGAAGAUAACGACAAUCUUCUGACCAUAUCGAGCCUUACGGCCAGGCCGUUGAUUGCCAAAUCUCGUGAACUCCGGUCGACGAAAACUUCCAUUACUAAGAAAAAGAAACCUAAGAAAUGCGAAACGAAGAAAUCGAGAAACAUCAAGUACGUUCCAUUGGACGGUGGUUAUGGCUGGGUGAUUGUAUGCGGAGCGUUUUUUGUUCAAUUCUGGGUGACUGGACUGAUGAAGUCUUACGGGGUGUUGUAUGUUGAGGUGAUGGAAACAUUCAAAGAUUCUUCAGCCUCGGUCGCCUCUUGGAUACCUGCUAUUUUAUCUUGUCUCUGUCUCGCCCUUGCUCCAGUGACGAGUAUGCUAUGCCAGAAGUACAGUUGUCGGGCAGUCGUUUUCGUUGGUGGAUUGUUCUGUGCUUUGGGAUUAACCAUAAGUUAUUUCGCAACGAGCUUGAUACAUCUCUUUUUUACAUUUGGAGUUCUCACAGGCAUUGGGAGUGGUUUGUCGACAACACCAGGUAUCAUUCUCGUUUCUCAAUACUUCGACAAACAUCGUGCGUUAGCAAAUGGAAUAUGCGUAUCCGGUACAGCAGCUGGCAGUUUCGUGUUUCCGCUUCUGAUCAAGAUUCUGGUGGACAAUUUUGGUUUCCACGGUACCAUACUUCUGCUCGGUGGUUGCAUGCUUCACGUGUGCGUCAGUGCAACACUGUACCGGCCAUUGGAGAACAACUAUGCACCGGAAGAGACGGGGAUGCCAGAGAAGAAAGAAAAGGUCGAGAGUACGCCAAAGGAAUUAGAAACGGCGAAACAGCAAAAGUUAGACUUACUGUUCGCCAAUGACUCGACUACGAAGCAUAAUCUGUUGAACGAAUUGUUUCAUCAGAACAACGUGGUGGCGGUCGAGUUGACAGACAGCGACGAAGAGAAAGACGUGAUGGGUGAGGGUCUUCAAAUGAAACCAAUCUCGAAGAUACGAAGUUCGAGUAUAUUGCACAGCGUUGAAGAUCUGUCGACUGAUUCCACGUGCGUGUACAAGGCUAGAUCGUCGUUGAGAUCUCUGAGAUCGUCGGUCACGGCGAUGUGUCCAGUUCCUCAGAACGAGCUACAACUGCCGGAAGAAAAGAAAACAGUGAUGCAAAGAAUAGCGCAGUACAUCGAUCUGUCUCUAUUGAAAAAUCCUCAAUUCAUCAUGAUGUGCUUUUCCGUUAGUCUCAUGUCCACCGGAAGUCCAUACAUGCUCUAUUAUCUUCCGGCAUACGUGCACGCUGCUGGUUACACGAAGUCGGAAGCUGGCUACCUGGUGGCUAUUUCCGCUGCGUUCGAUUUGUGCGGAAGAUUAGGGCUCGGUUGGCUUUCGGAUUUGAGGCUCUUUGAUCGGCGGAAAGGAUACAUUGGAAGUGUUAUGGGUGCUGGUGUGGCAGUACUGGUAAUUCCAAUGGCCCAUUCUUUCUACGUCCUGGCAUGUUCUGUAGGCAUGUACGGAUUAUGUUUGGGCUGUUGGUUUCUUUUGGUUCCCGUCCUUCUCGCAGACCAAUAUGGAACUGAUAAAAUUUCUUCUACUUAUGGUCUUGUAAGAAUGUUCCAGAGCGUCGGAGCAAUUUCUAUCCCACCUUUAGCAGGUUAUCUGCGCGAUGUAACCGGAAGUUACUCCGUAUGUUUUCUAUGUAUGGGCACAUGCAUGGUCAUGGGAGGUCUACCUCUACUCCUGGUUUUUAACGAAGUAUCGAACCCAUCGAAGAUAACUGUUAAUAAAGAAAACAGUAAUUGUCAAGGAGAGGUGAUUGCAAAAGAAUAAAGAUAUUUUGCGAAUGUGAUUGAAUGUGUAAUAGAAAUCUAAUAAAUCACAACAUUUGUCGCUACAAUUAUUCUACCAUGAUGUAUUGCUUGGUUCAGUGUAUUCGAAACGUUUACAUAAAAUACCUCGUUCGCGGCAGAAAAUGAAGAAUUGCGGCAGGUCCUGCGAUGAAAGAAACAAUCUUAGUAGGAAAUACAUAUUUUUACAAACAGAUGUAAUUAAACACCAUGAUCUUUAAUAAAAAUUGUAUUCUUUUCACUUA